GCCACUCUCCACGCACGUAGAUUGCGUAGCGAGUCGAUUCGCCUUCUGCCUGCUUUCCCUUCCGCACGGCUUGCUUCUAAACCCCGUUUCCUACUUCAUAGCCCACACAUCAAGGUCGCGAUUUCGUUUCAUCAUUAGUUUAUUUCGGCUAGCCGCUGGCACCACAACUACGCUGCGGCAGUGUGUACUUACGCUCGUCUUCUUAGCAGUAGACUUCCGAGGUUCGGAAAUCCGCUGUACAGAAACGUUCACUUUUAGCUUAUUAAUCAGUCGAGCGGCGAUGGUUCUACUCGUCAUCUCCAUCCGAUGCGAGCUGGAGAAUCUCACCAACCUGCGGCCCGCAUCUGACGAUUUCACCUACUACAUGAAGCUCAGGUGUUCCUGUGGCGAAGUGAGUGCUAAAGAGUCGUCUGUGGCUAAGGGAGAGGAAUACGAGAUGAAGGGCAGCCGAGGUACCGCCAACCUCGUCCAGAAGUGCAAUUUCUGCAGCCGAGCAGGCUCUAUUUCGAUAGUAGAAGGGCAUGCAAAGCCCUUCACUGCAGACGAUUGCGAAAACAGGAAGUUUGUCCCUCUUGUCUGCCUGGACUGUCGAGGAAUGGAGCCGGUGGAAUUUAUUCCAAAAAAUGGCUGGCAGGCGGAAGGGGCAGAGUCCGGUACCAAGUUCGAAGACAUUGAUUUGAGCGACCAGGAGUUUUCGGAUUAUGAUGAGAAGGCAGGAGAGUCAGUCAGCAUUCUCAAUUUCGAGUCUCAAAUAAAGGUGAAGAAGUAGCUAUAGGAGGGCCAAUGAGGAUUAGAUUAGCAAGGAUGAAAAAAAUAUGGUCUCUUGGUUGUACAUUUCCUAGGUGAGAAGGAAUGUUAUCUAGUUAUCACUCAUAUAUCGGAAUGUUAUCUAGUUAUCACUCAGA